AUGCACGGCGGCGGCGGCGGCGGCGGGGGGGCUCCUCAGGAAGGUGCCGGCGGGGGUAUGGUGCUGAGCGCGGCGGCGGCGGCAACAGGGCCCGGAGGCGCAUCCCCGGCGAUCGCGUCCAACCACCCCGGGAUACAGGCAGCCCUCGCCGGCCGCUCGCAGGACGACGCCACGGUCGGGUACUUCUUCCAGAGGCAGCCCGGAGAGCAGCUGGGCGGCUACUCCAGCAAACACCGGUGGCCCACGGGCGACGGAAUCCAUAUUGAGCAUCAGGUUCGAUCUGUGGAUGAGAUGAACCAUGACUUUCAAGCUCUUGCAUUGGAAGGUCGGGGAAUGGGGGAACUUUUGCCUGCAAAGAAAUUCUGGGAAUCUGAUGAUUCAGCUAAAGAUGGACAAAAAGGGAUAUUCCUGGGAGAUGAGUGGAGGGACAAUGCAUGGAGCGCAUCUCACUCUGUGUCACAGCCCAUCAUGGUUCAGAGAAGACCUGGUCAAGGUUUCCAUGGCAACAAUGAAGUUGGCUCGGUUCUGUCUCCUCGAUCUGAAAGUGGUGGACUGGGAGUAAGCAUGGUGGAAUAUGUUUUAAGAUCUUCACCCGGAGAUAAGCUGGAUACUCGUUUUCGAAAAGGACCAUUUGGUGCUGGAGACACUGAGGCUGAAGGGAAUGAGAAGGCUGAUCACAAAGGCAAGUCAUCGCCUUAUGAGGAGGACAAAAACCGAGAUCUAAAGCAGGGAGAUGAUGAUGUUUCCAAAACUAAUGGGCUGGUUUUGCAGAAUGGCAUAGAUGCAGACUGUAAGGACUUCAACCGUACUCCUGGAAGCCGUCAAGCCUCCCCCACUGAAGUGGCUGAACGUCUCGGUCCUAACCAGAACCCUUCAGAAGGUUUAGGCCAGUUGCCCAAUGCCACAGCAAAUAAGCAACCUGGAGAGGAGUUUCAUAAUUCUGACACCCAAAAUUUAGACACCAUUGAGGCCACAGUUGGCCUAGAUCCUUUGCAGUUUGACUAUACAAGCAGUCAAGUAUCCAUGGACUCUUCGGCAGCAGCUGUAAGUCUUUUUGACUACGCUUCACAGCAACAGCUCUUCCAACGGCAAAAUGCACUGACAGUACAACAGCUGACUGCAGCCCAACAGCAGCAGUAUGCACUGGCGGCAGCCCAGCAGCCACACAUAGCAGGUGUGUUUUCAGCAGGCCUUGCUCCAGCUGCUUUUGUGCCAAAUCCUUACAUCAUCAGUGCUGCCCCACCAGGCACAGAUCCAUACACUGCAGCAGGACUGGCUGCAGCAGCUACUUUAGCAGGCCCCACCGUUGUCCCACCUCAGUACUAUGGAGUCCCAUGGGGUGUGUAUCCAGCCAACUUGUUCCAACAGCAAGCAGCUGCAGCAGCUGCAAGCAACUCCGCCAAUCAGCAGGCUGCAAACCAGGCCCAGCAAGGGCAGCAACAAGUUCUGCGUGGUGGCAAUCAGCGUCCUCUCACUCCAGGCCAGGGCCCAGGUCAACAAGCGGACUCACUAGCAGCUGCAGCCAAUCCAGCUCUUGCUUUCAGCCAAGGUCUCGCUACAGGAGUGCCAGGUUAUCAAGUUCUAGCCCCAGCUGCCUAUUAUGAUCAAAAUGGUACCUUGGUAGUGGGACCUGGAGGAAGGGCUGGACUGGGGACACCAGUUCGGCUAGUGGCUUCAACACCUGUUCUCAUCAGUCCUGCCGCAGCACAGGCUGCUGCAGCAGCUUCAGCUAAUGGAACAGCAAACAGCUUAGGGACAGCAAAUGGCCUUUUCCGUCCAAUGGGAACUCAGCAACAGCAGCAGCAGCAACAACAGCAGCAAAACAACAACCUACAGUCGAACUCAUUUUAUGGCGGAAACUCACUGUCAAAUAAUUCCCAGAGUAGUUCUUUGUUCUCUCAUGGGCAAGGGCAGCCAGGCAACACCUCACUUGGCUUUGGAAACAGCAACUCAUUGGGUGCUGCUAUUGGUUCAGCACUUGGAGGAUUUGGAUCGGCAGUUGGCAACUCUGGAAAUGCUGGUAUAUCCAGGAGGGACUCGUUGUCUGCUAGCUCUGAUCUGUACAAGCGAUCAAGUAACAGUUUGGCUCCUAUAGGACAGCAGUUCUACAGUGGCCUGGGGUUCUCUUCUUCCCCUGGUCCAAUUGGCAUGCCUCUCCCUAGUCAGACUGCUAGUCACUCUCUGACACCACCUCCAUCUCUCUCCUCGCAUGGGUCUUCGUCCAGCCUUCAUCUUGGUGGACUGACAAAUGGUAGUGGGCGAUUCAUCUCUGCGGCACCAGGAGCUGAAGCUAAAAAUCGCAAUGGGAUUAAUUCAUCGAGUUUGUUCAGCUCCAGCAGCCAGCUCUUUCCUCCAUCUCGCCUUCGUUACAGCAGGUCUGACAUUAUGCCUUCGGGCCGAAGCAGGCUGCUUGAAGACUUCAGAAACAAUCGUUUCCCCAAUCUUCAGCUCCGCGAUCUGGUUGGUCACAUUGUGGAGUUCUCCCAGGACCAGCAUGGUUCUAGAUUUAUCCAACAGAAGUUGGAACGUGCUACACCUGCAGAACGGCAGAUGGUUUUCAGUGAGAUCCUACAAGCAGCGUACCAACUGAUGACUGAUGUGUUUGGAAAUUAUGUAAUUCAGAAAUUCUUUGAGUUUGGAAGCUUGGAUCAGAAACUAGCCUUAGCUCAACGUAUUCGUGGCCAUGUUUUACCCUUGGCCCUUCAGAUGUAUGGCUGUCGUGUUAUUCAGAAGGCACUGGAGUCCAUAUCAGCAGACCAGCAGAAUGAGAUGGUGAAAGAACUGGACGGUCAUGUUUUGAAGUGUGUUAAAGACCAAAAUGGGAAUCAUGUGGUUCAAAAGUGCAUCGAGUGUGUACAACCACAAUCUUUGCAGUUCAUCAUUGAUGCUUUUCAAGGACAGGUAUUUGUGUUGUCGACUCAUCCUUAUGGUUGCCGAGUUAUUCAGCGUAUUUUGGAGCACUGCACACCUGAACAGACACUUCCAAUCCUAGAGGAGCUGCAUCAGCAUACAGAGCAGUUAGUGCAGGAUCAGUAUGGCAAUUAUGUCAUCCAGCAUGUACUGGAGCAUGGACGUCCUGAAGAUAAGAGCAAGAUUGUUGCUGAAAUAAGAGGGAAAGUUCUUGCUCUAAGUCAACACAAGUUUGCCAGCAAUGUGGUUGAGAAGUGUGUUACCCAUGCCUCUCGUGCUGAACGUGCUUUACUGAUUGAUGAGGUCUGCUGUCAGAACGAUGGUCCCCACAGUGCCUUAUAUACAAUGAUGAAAGACCAAUAUGCCAACUAUGUGGUUCAGAAGAUGAUUGAUGUGGCGGAACCUGCUCAGCGUAAAAUUAUUAUGCAUAAGAUCCGACCUCAUAUUACCACCCUGCGAAAAUACACUUACGGAAAACACAUCUUGGCUAAACUGGAGAAGUAUUACAUGAAGAACAACACUGAUCUGGGGCCAAUUGGAGGACCACCAAAUGGGAUGUUGUAAAUUAAUUGGUUCACCCAAAAGAUAUGGAAAACUGCGCUUCUUAAAUGUUGAAUGCGCCAAAUGUGAAAGAAAAAAUCAUGAAAACACAACUUAACUUUUAAUGAAUACUAGCUUUUUUUUCUUUUGUUGGUUGUGACUUUUGUAUGUAUUAAAAUGAUUGAUACACUUUAACUUGUAAUUGCUUUUAGUAUUUGCAUUUGUUUAAGGAACUUUAGCUAGGGGUUUAUCAGAAACCUGCUGAGUAAAAAACAGAAUACAUGGAUUUUAUGUAAUUGUAUCAAACUAGCAUUUGUGUAUUUUGUAAAUUUAACCUUGUAAGAUGUUGGGUAUUAUUUGGUAGAUUAGAAGGAAUAUUCAGUAUUCUGUAGAUUAACCGCCUUGCAUUCUGAUAUCUCCUCUAGGUAUUUCUUGCACAAAAUAAAUUUCUAGGGCUCAGUAAAUCCGUUUAAAAUCUUUAAAAUCCGACUACUUAAACAUUAAAACUGGAACCAAAUCAUGGAAAAAGCAAUGUAAAGUUAAGUUGUGUUUCAGCACAAACUUUUUAACACCAUUGUUUAUAUGGCAAACAGACAGAACAGUUAUCUAACAGUUUGGGUCUGUUGAAAUAAUGAGAUGUAAUUCAGGGAAGUGUUUAAAAUGACAGGCUGAUCUGUAAUGUAACUCCUGAUGUUUACUGUGGCGAUGUCAAUACUCAAUAGGUUUUAUUUUUUCAGGUAAACACUGCCCUGCUUUUUUAAAUAUUUUGGUGAUGUAUAGAAGUGUUGUACAUACAUAAAUAUUUAACCAAUGCACAAUAUGGCAGUAAGGAAUCACGAUAGUACUUUCAUGCCUAAAUUGAAUUGUCUGGAAAGUUGAGAAGUUCCUUUUGUUAGAUUUAGAUUUUCAGUCCCAUUUUGGAAUGGGAAACAAGUGGGGAUUUGUAUUUUUGAAUACCUAAUGUAAGAAAGUUUGUGAAGGUGUGGUUUUAUUUUUCUUUCUCAAGUUAGAGAGUCUUGGGCAGAUUUUGAAAUAAAGGGGCCAUUGAAGGGUGAGCUAGGUGGCUCCCCAAAAUGCAUGCAAAAAAUUGAAAUAGUCUUUCAGUUUUGCUUCUUUAUAAAUAUGUAGUGUAUAAGUGUAGACUUUGCAAAUGAUAGGUGUAAGUUUACAGUUUGAAAAAAAUAAAAUUUAUUGUUUCAGUGUUAAUCACAGGCUUGGCUAACUUAGUAGUAAUGCAUAAAUUGGUUGUACAGUUGUACAUUUGUAAACCUGAUGCUGUAAAUGUUACAAUGUCUUUUACCCUUCGGAGAGCAAACUUUGCAGUUUAGUGUAUAUUCACUCCCCACUCUCGUGCCCUGGCAUAGUGUUGUAUAAUGUAAAUUUAUUUGAAUCAAGAGUGAUUUUUUUAAAUUGUACCUUUAUAUGGCUUUGAAAAUGAACCUGCUUUCUUUUUAUCUAUUGUUAGAACAGUAGUAUUUGUUUAUAAUCGUAGCUGUUCAGAUUCUGUUAAUAUGGUAAUUUUUGAAAAUUUUACAAUUAUAAUGUUUCCACGUAUGAGUAAAGUUGUGCAUAGUAAAUAUUUGAAAGGUUGGACAGAGCCAUCUAGUUACCAUGGAAACCAAAUGUUCUUUCCAUCUCUUAAGGGUGACAUGAUCCUUUUUGUACAGAAGAGUACUGUAUUUUGGAAUUGUCUACUUACAUGUAAGUGAAAGUCUGUAUGAUACUAUCAAUUUUUCAUUUGAACAUAUGAGGUUGUAACACUACAUAUAGACGAUGUACAUUUACAGGAGGCCUUAUGUACAUUUCCUGAUGACAUUUUGCAGGCAGAAUUGUGACCAUAUGUGUAUAAUUAACAGUCCUUUGUAUCCUUUGCCUCGGUAAAUAUUUUGAAACAUGCUCUGUAUAUUCAGUUUCUGAAAGAUUAAAAGAUUGUCCUUUGUAUUUGGUGACCUUUAAAAGUCAGUAUUUUGUAUAAAUGGAAUGGCUUAGUGGAUUUGGAACAAUCUGAAGUUACUUAUCUUGAAGCCCUUGAAUGUGAUGUCCUUAGCAUUGACAAGAUAAACAGUUGUGUUUAUUAGGGCUGUGCAGUCAAUUUUUUUUAAAAUCGCCAAAACCUUCAAUGGAUUUAAAAAAAAAGUACUGUUCAGUUUUAAAUGCUAAAUCUUUAAUUUUUUUGUGAUUUUUUUUUACAAUUUUCAUUUGACCUGUCUUACAACAAAAACUAUCCGUUUUCCAUUUCAUAUUGUUAAAAGUUUUUCUGGGGCAUUUCACUUGUAAUUUAAGAUGCUAUGCAGUACUUAGCUUCUAAAGGAGCUGCAAAAAGUUCUUCAUCAGGAAAGAUCAUGUUGGCCAUGUCGAUCGGCUGUCAGCUUACUAGAGUAAAUCAAGCCAGUUGGUUUUACAUCAGUUGGCACAGCCCUAGUUUCCAUGGCAACUAUUUAUUUGCUGUGUAAAGGAGGUCACUUUGUGACGUGCUCUGGUUUUGAUUUGAAAACCAGGAGUCUAGGUGAAAAUGCAGAUCAAAAAUGUUUAAUAUUAGUAUCAAUGAUAAAUUGAACAAAACCACUAAACGUUUUGCUAACAUUUCCUUAAACAUGGAUUGUUGAUGGACCAUUUUUAUCUUGUGUUUGAUCAGGUCUGCCACCUGGCUCCUUGGCAGUUCAGAUGGAGUAAUGUUAUAUUCACUUAUUUGUAUAUGCUGUAUAAAAAAAAGAAAAAAAAUGUGAAUAACGUUGUAUGAAAUAAACCUGUUUGUGUUUUCUGUAGGAAAAA